GCGUCCGCAGGCAGGGAGGCCAAUGAAGUACAUCCUGGUGACGGGCGGCGUCAUCUCGGGCAUCGGCAAGGGCAUCAUCGCCAGCAGCAUCGGCACCAUCCUCAAGUCGUGCGGGCUGCACGUCACGUCCAUCAAGAUCGACCCCUACAUUAAUAUCGAUGCCGGCACCUUCUCCCCCUAUGAGCACGGAGAGGUGUUUGUGCUGGAUGAUGGAGGGGAGGUGGACCUGGACCUCGGGAACUAUGAGCGCUUUCUUGAUAUCCGACUCACCAAAGACAACAACCUGACCACUGGGAAAAUUUAUCAGUAUGUCAUCAACAAGGAGAGGAAGGGAGACUAUCUUGGCAAAACUGUCCAAGUUGUUCCCCACAUCACCGAUGCUAUACAAGAAUGGGUGAUGAGGCAGGCACGAAUUCCUGUAGAUGAAGAUGGCAUUGAACCCCAAGUGUGCGUGAUCGAGCUUGGUGGGACAGUAGGCGAUAUUGAGAGCAUGCCUUUCAUUGAAGCCUUCCGCCAGUUUCAGUUCAAAGCCAAAAGAGAGAAUUUUUGUAAUAUUCAUGUCAGUCUAGUUCCCCAGCCCAGCUCUACAGGAGAGCAGAAGACUAAACCCACCCAAAACAGUGUUCGUGAACUCAGGGGUCUUGGUCUCUCACCAGAUUUGAUUGUUUGCAGGUGCUCCACUCCUUUGGAUACCUCAGUAAAAGAAAAGAUUUCCAUGUUCUGUCACGUUGAACCAGAACAGGUCAUCUGUGUUCAUGAUGUCUCUUCUAUAUACCGGGUUCCGCUGCUGUUAGAGGAGCAGGGAGUUGUUGAUUACUUCAGACACAGGCUCUACCUUCCCAUUGAGAGGCAGCCCAGGAGGAUGCUCAUGAAGUGGAAGGAAAUGGCUGAUAGGUAUGACCGUCUCCUUGAAACAUGUUCCAUUGCGCUUGUUGGCAAAUACACCAAGUUUUCAGAUUCCUACGCCUCUGUUAUUAAAGCAUUGGAACAUUCUGCACUGGCUAUCAACCACAAACUUGACAUCAAGUAUAUUGAUUCUGCUGACUUGGAGCCAGCUACUCUGCAGGAAGAACCUGUCCGCUACCAUGAAGCCUGGCAGAAGCUGUGCGGUGCUGAUGGAGUCCUGGUUCCUGGGGGAUUUGGCGUUCGAGGAACAGAAGGCAAAAUUCAAGCUAUUUCCUGGGCAAGAAAACAGAAAAAACCCUUCUUAGGCGUUUGCUUGGGAAUGCAGUUGGCCGUUGUGGAAUUUGCACGCAGUGUUCUUGGCUGGCAAGAUGCUAACUCCACAGAAUUUGACCCUAAAACUACACAUCCAGUGGUUAUAGACAUGCCAGAACACAAUCCUGGACAAAUGGGUGGGACCAUGAGGCUUGGCAAGAGAAGAACCCUCUUCCAAACCAAGAAUUCAAUCAUGAGAAAGCUUUAUGGGGAUCAUGAUUUCUUGGAAGAGAGGCAUAGACACAGAUUUGAGGUCAAUCCAGAAUUGAAGAGCCAUUUUGAAGAGCAAGGUUUGAAAUUUGUAGGCCAGGACGAGGAGGGAGAGCGAAUGGAAGUGGUUGAGUUGGAUGAGCAUCCCUUCUUCGUUGGUGUGCAGUAUCACCCCGAGUUCCUUUCUAGACCAAUCAAGCCAUCUCCGCCAUACUUCGGCCUCCUCCUGGCAUCUUCUGGGAGGCUCACACAUUAUCUGCAGAAGGGCUGCAGACUGUCACCCAGGGACACCUACAGCGAUAGAAGUGGCAGCAGCUCACCUGACUCGGAGAUAACAGAAUUGAAGUUUCCAUCAGUAAAUCAUGACUGAAUCCUGAUGGAUCUUCGCUGGAAGAGCCUUCGUUAGAUUUUCCAGGCAUUCUUACAGCAAUAGCUUGAACACUGUUAGCUAUGGGCUUUCUUAAGUUAUGGUUUUCUAAUUUUGUUAUGAAAUCCUGUCCCUUUAUUUCCUUAAUUCUUCUGUCUCUUGUUUCUUUCCUAUGAAUUUUGAUUAUUUCUGGCAGAGAGCUUAGCACAGCACAUGCAUCUCUAGACUUUUAUCACACCAUCUCGGAGGAAAAGAAAAGCAAGUUUGGGUAUGAGAUUUAACAUGUUAAUUUGUUAGGAAGAACCCAAUUGCACCUUUCCUUCCUGAUGCAUGGUAAUGCAAGUGUAAGGUUAUGCCUUGGAUACUCUGGCCUUUGAGUUGCUUUCUCCAAUUUCUCUGCUUCCUGGGCAGUUUUUAUUACUGGUGCAUUUCUUUGGAUGCUACUAGCAGGGGCUGCCUUUGCUCAGGUGUUCACACAGCUCCGCUGUGCUGCAGAGAUGGGCCUCUUAAGCUUUAUGCAGUCUUUAUUUGGGAAGGAUGUAUUUUUGUUGUUUUUUACUUUUUUUUCAAUAGUAUUUAAAAGUGUUUGGCACUGGUGGUUUUGGUGCAUUCAUUGCCGGCAAUGAACUUUUAACCAGGAGAGCCUUAUUCCUGGAACAGAGGUUAAUCUUGAACCCGAUCAGCUGUGAUAUGUCGCUCUGCAGGGAUGCAAUUAGCUUAGAUCAUGUGAGGGGAAAAAAAAAGAAAAAAAAMUGUCCAGAAAACCCCAUCAUUGCCUGAAAUGAGGCAUAAUGUUAGCCCUUCCUAUGCCAGUGUUUGCUGGUGCUGCUUCUUAGGCUGGGAAAUUUCAACUCCUUGCAUCAAGGGGGAGGUACAGAAAAGAAAGUGAACAACUUUCAGAUGCUGCCUUUAAAUGCUCCCACGGUAAUUUACCUUGGACCAACCAGUUCAUGGUGCUUUUUGUUUAAUUUGAAGUGGAGCCUUUGCCUUUUUUUACACGUUGGAAACACGUGUGUUCCCGCACUGCGAAUGCAAUACAGAAGUGCUAUUUCCUGAUACAGGGGGCUAGCUAUUUGCCUACAGUGUUACCUGGUUUAGUGUGUAGAUGUAUGCUGUCCUGCGAUKACUUGAUUAGCUUUGCAGUCUUGGGGUGGAAAAAGCACUCUUGUUCCUUUUUUUUUCUCUUUUCCCUGCCUUUCACUGCAGCGUAAGCAACGCAGUUUUUGGUCUCUGGUGAUUUAGAAGAAAGAAUGAAAGUUUCUCUGUUGUCUGAAGUGUCAUGUUUUCAGAACUCUUUGGUUCAUUAAAGGUUGGAGAGCRCUGAACGCCUCAAGCCUGGCUCAGUGCUGACUUCCACACCGUCUGAUGCCAAACUUCRGAUGAGA